GUGCACCACCACACCUGGCUCUGGUCUUGCAGCAUUAACUUGCCUACCCCGGCUCACCCUCUAGGCCAGUGUUUCUAUGUGGAGGUGAUCCACCUCAGUCAGCGGGCAUUUAAGUGAAUGCUGAAUCCGGAGCUUGAGGACGUAAACGCGUGCAUUUAAAGCUUUUGAGAAGUGAUAUGCCCUCUGUCAAACCGCCCCGUUUGAGUGGCCUGUCCCCCCCCCAUCUACCGAGUCUGGCGCUCUCUACUCCCUUCUGUGCGUGCACUCUGCCCCCUCCCACCUUGGCCAACGCUGCGGCGUGAGGCAAUCACUCUAUCCUUGACCCUCUGCACAGUGACUGAUGGCUUUUUUAUCUCCAAGCGAUGAUGCACAGCCUUCCGCUGCAAGCAUUUAAGGCAGAGCGCUUGAUUCAAGCCACAGCUGCAGGACUCCAGACCUUGAGCGGCUCAGGAAGAACCCAAUCCUUGAUUGCAGCCACAAUUACAGCAUUGCCACAUCUGCCAGGGAAGCAUGUUCCUAGCCACGUUUAAGCUGUGUGCUGGGAGCUCCUACAGACAUGUGCGGAACAUGAAAGGACUGAGGCACCAAGCUGUGCUGGCCAUUGGCCAGGAGCUGAACCGGACACUGGGGGACCCCAGCCCUGGAUGGAUCAAUCAGGUUCGGCGUCGGAGCUCUCUUCUUGGUUCUCAGCUGGAAGCGACACUCUAUAGUGAGCAAGAGCUGUCCUACAUCCAGCAGGGAGAGUUGGCCAUGCAGAAGGCCUUGGGCAUCCUCAGCAACCAGGAAGGCUGGAAGAAGGAGAACCAGCAGGAAAAUGGGGAUGAAGUGCUAAGUAAAGUAAUCCCGGAUGUGGGCAAGGUGUUUCGGCUGGAGGUGGUGGUAGACCAGCCCAUGGACAGACUCUAUGAAGAACUUGUGGACCGCAUGGAGGCAAUGGCAGAGUGGAACCCGAAUGUCAAGGAGAUCAAGGUCCUGCAAAAGAUUGGAAAAGACACAGUCAUCACCCAUGAGCUGGCUGCAGCAGCAGCAGGGAACCUGGUGGGGCCCCGUGACUUCGUGAGUGUGCGCUGUGCCAAGCGCAGAGGCUCCACCUGUGUGUUGGCAGGCAUGGCCACACUUUGUGGGGAGAUGCCCGAGCAAAACGGUGUCAUCAGAGCUGAACACGGUCCCACCUGCAUGGUGCUUCACCCACUGGCUGGAAGUCCCUCAAAGACUAAAUUCACUUGGCUGCUCAGUAUUGACCUCAAGGGGUGGCUGCCGAAGACCAUCAUCAACCAGGUCUUAUCGCAAACCCAGAUGGAGUUUGCCAACCACCUGCGCAAGCGCCUGGAGUCCAGCCCUGCCCCUGAGGCCCGGUGUUAAGGACAUUACCCACUACAUCAACCUGCGUGCCAUCAGCAGGCUCCCACAGGAAGCCUGCAAGUCUUUCAGAUCCUCAGCGGGUGACAAGAGGGGGGUGGUCAUCAGACACUCGGACAGGCUGGUAAAAAGUGACCAUCAGGAAAACAGAGAUGAGGCUCACCCGGAGGAAAAGACCUCUGGCCUCUCCACCAAUAAUUAGCUGGGAAGUGGAGGCUAAGCGAUAGACAUCUGGUAAACCUUUCUUCUAGGCUCAUAUAUGCUCACUUAUAAAAUCCUGCUCAAAACGCCAGUAGCUGAUGUGACAAGGCAGGGUGCUAAGGAUCAGGAACUGUUGUCUUAUGAGCUCAAAUGCCACUGCCCGAAGCAGUGUGUGUACAAUGCAAGGUUUCAUCCAGGGAACUCUAGUGACCUUUUGCUCCUCCAUAAAAGGCCCAGAACAUCAAGCUACCCACAAACAGACCCUUCCAGAGUAUGUAUUCUGUUUUCUCUAAGGAGGAAGGAAACUAAUUAUGCUGGCUUCUCUCCUUAUUCCAUCACAAUAAAGCACCAUACACGCAAAUUUCAGCUUGUGCUUGUCAGGUCCUGCUCUAUAGAAUGUUCUGGGAGUCCCAGCUUCGUUAGAGUUCUGGACCAAGACUGUGGGUUAGAGUUUCCUAGUUCAUCAAAGGGAACAACACUUCUGGAGAUUUAUCAUUGGGUUGUUUAGACUCUUUCCUAAAAAUGUAAUUUUCUAACACAACUCUAAAAUAGUUCUUAAAGAACUCGAGCCUAAAGCCAGUAUGAUGGCACAUGCCUUUAAUCCCAGCACUCGGGUGGCAGAAAUGGGUGGAUCCCUGUAAUACAGAGGCCAGCCUGGCCUAUAUCCGAUAGCCAGAG